AUGUCGGCCAAUUAUUGGGCGUCGACGCAAUGCAACAACUGGUUGCUAGACAGACCGCAGCUCGAACUGGCGAGAAAAGAGGACCUCAAGUAUGCUACAGCGCUCGAAUGUGCCGCCAUUGGAAUCUUCUUCUCGAAUCUCCUCUCAACAAUCUGCAAGCGUCUCAACCUGCGUCAGCGCGUCGUCGCCUCGGCCAACGUCUUCUUCCGCCGCUUCUUCGCCAAGAACUCGUACUGCGCGCUCGACCCGUUCCUCGUCUGCGCCACAUGCGUCUACGUGUCAGCCAAAGUGGAAGAGUCGCCCAUCCACAUCAAGUCGGCGGUCGCCGAAGCCGCGCGCUCGUUCCAGGAGGUCGGUUUCCGCAGCAUGCCGACCGACAACUCGAGUUUGGCCGAGAUGGAGUUUUAUCUGCUCGAGGAGAUGGAGUUCGACAUGAUCGUGUUCCAUGCGUAUCGGUCGCUGGUGAGUAUGUUCGAUACGUAUGGGAAUGGGAGGUAUGUGGAAAACUUUAGUCUCACGGGGCAGCAGGGAGUGACGGGGUUGGGCAUUGAGGCGGAAGCAUUUGGCGUGGUGAAAGGCCUAAGCAGCGUUGAGGAGAAGGAGGCAGCUGGCGGUUCAGCAGAGGAAGGGGGAAUAGCAAAGAUGACCGAGUUCGACCAGCCAGUUCUGCAGAUGAGCUGGUUCGUCCUCAACGACGCUUACAAGUUGGAUAUCCCGCUCAUGUACCCACCGUACAUGGUCGCGCUCGCAGCGAUAUGGCUCGCCCUCACACUCCACCCCGGGUCGUGCGAUACCAUCAACGCCUCCCUCCAAACGAUGCAGCACAAACGAGAUUCGUACGGAACCAACAUCCAGUCCAUCCUCGACAACCCAAACUCGACCCCCGCCGAGCUGCUCGCAGCGACCAAACAAGAACAGCCCACCCCACCAAGCCAGGAAGCGCUCACGUGGUUCGCAAGCUUAAACGUCUCGCUCCCGCUGCUGGCCGAGAUCGUGCAGGAGAUCAUCAGCGGAUAUGCGCUGCAGAAGGACGUUGCGGGGUUGAUCAGCGAUGGACCGGGCAUGGUGGCGUUGCUCGAGAGGAUGAGGGAGUCGAGGCGGUUGGAUUUGCUAGCCAAGGCGAGGGAGCACAGUGGCAGCGGGACAGCCGAGAGAAGGGCUGGUCGAUAG